GGCGGCGGCACCUCCCGGCACCUCCCGUCCCCUCCCUCAGUCCCGCUCGGCGGCCGCGGCGGCAACACCGGGGGUGCUGGUCUGGGCAGAGGUGCCUCCUUCUCCGCUUCAGCUCCGCUAUCCCCCGGGCACGAUGCAGUUUAUGUUGCUUUUUAGUCGCCAGGGGAAACUGAGACUCCAGAAGUGGUAUGUCCCAUUAUCUGACAAAGAAAAGAAGAAAAUCACAAGGGAACUUGUUCAAACAGUAUUAGCCCGCAAACCGAAAAUGUGCAGCUUCCUGGAAUGGAGAGACCUGAAGAUUGUCUACAAAAGAUAUGCAAGUCUCUAUUUCUGCUGUGCUAUUGAAGAUCAGGACAAUGAACUAAUAACUCUGGAAAUAAUUCAUCGCUAUGUAGAACUUCUUGACAAGUAUUUUGGCAGUGUCUGUGAACUUGAUAUCAUCUUCAAUUUUGAAAAAGCCUAUUUCAUUCUGGAUGAGUUCCUUUUAGGAGGGGAAGUUCAGGAGACAUCCAAGAAAAAUGUUCUUAAAGCCAUUGAACAAGCAGAUCUUUUACAGGAGAGCCAGAAUGAAGACUGGGGAGGUUUGUCUGAGGAUAUCUUAUGAUUAAGAGCAAUCUAAGGCAUUAGCCCUUUUGACCCCAUCUAAAUGAUUGCAUAAGUGGAAUACGUUGUGGCAGUCCUACUAAUAAAGGUAAGAUUUUAAUUUGCAUAAAGCAAGUUUAAAACACACAUGAAAAUGAUUUGCUGGAGAAAACCUCAUUAGUCUGCUACUUACUUGAUAUAAUGAUAAAUAAGUAGUUCAGUAAACAAAUUGGCUUUUGUAAUAUGGAACUGUGGUAAUAGAUGUAAUUUCAUAUGCAGCUUUAUAAAUAUCAGGAUUUAGUUUCCAGAUAAAAGAAAAUAAUUAUAGUAGACUAAAGUAUUUAUAACAUGUUCAAAACCAAAUUCACAGUUGGUGUAUGGGUAUUUUUACCAUUUAAGAGUUUCCUAGUAUAUGAUGGAGCCAUUGAUCUGUGUCGGGAAGAGGGGAGCAACCAAUAAUCUACUCGCAUAAUAGACCUGAAGAAUGAGGGCAGCCAACAAGUCAUUUGUUGAAAACAAUUUCUUUAUGAGCUUGGACAUACUCUAAAACAGCUGUAAGAAAAACCCAAGAGCUCAAGCUUGAUACUUUCCAUAUUUUCCCCCCAAUUUUAUUGCUUUUUCAAUGCUCUUCAUGAUAACAAGUUCAUGUACAAAGAGUGUGAUUCUCAUGGUGAAGUUAAAAUUGAAACUGGCACCUAUGCUAUGAAGACAGCUUAGAAGUACUAAUCUUUUUUUUUUUUUUUGUUUUGUCUCAGAUGGCUACAGAGACCAAUUCUGGCACAUACAAGCUCAGGCUUAGAUAAUUCUGUGUGAUUCCAAUUUACUUCAUUACAUUAUGUCCCUGGGUGAAUUCUGUGUAUGAGCAUAGUUUUAGCUGAAGAAAUGUGCUUUGUCCCCAUUAAGUUAAACACAGUGGCAUUGUUUGAUGCCCAGGGAAUGCUACUUGGCCUGUACUGUUCCCUGGAAGGAGUGAAGGAAUAGUUGCUGCAUUCAGACCCUAAUUUACAAGGCUGUCAUGGUUCCUCAGAAUAUGGAGAAAUAGAAAUGGCAUCUGCUGGGCUGACUGGACAGAGACAGAUGGUUGCACAUAAUAAGAGAUGGGAAAUAGUUCUUCUGCAGUAAGGAGCUGCAGCUUGUAAAUGGGAAUGAAGAUCAUCUGGGUUAAAGAAAGAUCUCCUGAGGUCAAGGAGGUUGCCUUCGGGCAAGGGGAGGAGUUUGAUUCAUGGCUCUGGUGUUUGGAUUAACCCGAUGUUCAACUAAUUGGUUAUACAACUUUAAAUUACGUUAAUCCUUGUUCCUCUUUGAGGCAUAACCAAGCCCAGAAUAAAUAGAACUUGGUUUUAUUGUUGACUGUUUUAGCGAGAUUUUCUUGUAAAUGAGGGUGAGUGUUGAGUACUGCGUGUUCCAUGUGGCAACUGUAAUAAACCACAUAUUCACAAGUAGUCGGUUCCAUAGAGAAUGUGGUGAAAUUUAUGGUAAGCCUUGCAUAAUAUUGAAAAGCUGGGUGAAAUCUUGAUAUACAUUCACAUUGUUCUGUGUGGAAAUUCUGCUUUCUACUGAGAGCAUUUUACAGUGAUAAAAGUCAUGGUGAGGAUGUGAGGAUGCAGUUUGCUCAUCACCCAAACCCAUGCUGACAGACCUUUUUGAAAAAGCCAGAUCCAUUCCUACUGCCACCUUUGUGUUGAUCCAUCUGCCCUGUGGUUCUGGGGCUCCUAGCUUGUUAGCCAAAACUUGAACUUCGGCAGAGGGAGCAGGAGGGAAGUGCCAGGAGGAAGAAAGCAGUGGUGUUGGAAAGGGAAGUAAAAAGCAGCUGCUUUUUGGCAAGCCAGGACUUUCACUGAAGUUGAUAGUACAUCUUAAGCUACGUCCUAUUUUUAACAAAAUCACAGUCUCUAAGUGCUUUAAAAAGCCAGUGUUCCACACAUCUUGUCCUGACUCACUGUCUGCUGUGAACCCCCAAGUCAGCUUGCAUAGGUAGGGUCUAAUUUACUUGUCAUAUGCUGCUCCCCUGCUGUUGGCCUGAGUCAUGGGAGUGCAGCAAAGAGUUUCAGCAGCAGUAUUGACUUUUGGGGUUUUCAGCUGUCCUUUUUCUCUGUCUUUCCUUUAUGCCAGAAAAACUAUACAACCGUUCUAGAACUGGAUUUCAGAUCCAUUUAAACGGAUCCAAUGCAAAUUGCUCAUUUUUAAAAACAUAUAGUCAGCAGCUUUUCUGUGUAUACAACUUGUACUUACAAACAUUUGUCCAAACAGUGGUGAGAAUGCAAAGUGCUGCAGGACCAGGGAAGAAGGGGAAUGCUUAAAUGCCAUUGCCAUGGAAGCUGAACAGUAUUGGUUGUGACUUGGCUUGUUGCAGCAGUAUAUUCUGGUCAGCCCUUCAAAGAUAACAGCCCUGCAGUUUAAGAAAUGCUUCCUUAAGCAAAGGAGAAUAAGCGAUGCAAACCUGUAUCUGCAGUGCUGGAAGAAAACAUUAUUGAAUCCUUACCUGCAUAGUUGGGCAGUCUGCCAAACAUACAAACACUGUCGGAUUAUCAGAUGGAGAGCUCACUGAUUUUUAAUGAUUUUGGUUCUAACUUUACAAUAUAAAAUAUUCAGCUAUAUUAUGCACUUAAAAGCAUUUGUGUGUUUGUGGUGACAAUCCUGAUGGAUUCUUAGAACUAUCCUUGCUGCUAAAGGCUGGGCUCUGGAUUGUUCCUGGCUCGCUGCAUAGCAACUGAUUGGCACAUGUGAAGCAGAGCCUCCCAGAGCGAUUAUCACCUCUGAGCUGGCAGAUCAGAGCAGCAGCUAAGAGGCAGGAAGCACCUACUAUUCUCGGGUUAUAGUACACAAAGCUUCUGCUGAUCUUUGUACUGCUUUUGGGAGAGAGGCAGGCAGCCGCUGCUGUCGUGCCCUUCUGCUCUGGUCUGUUCAGGCGAUGUUUUAGAGCAGAAGUCCGUGCAUAUGCUUGGAUGUUUUGCUGAAUAACGUUUGCAGGAGAGCUUGCUGUUUCAUACUCUAGUUGAGAAUUUUGUUGACUGGUUUGCAUCGAUCUUGAAGUUUUUUGUUUCCUCUGUACAGAAAGCUGCAGACAAGGUUUUGACUAGGAACUGGCAUUGAUGGUGCAUUCUUUUUAUUUGUGUGCUUAUGUUUUUUUGGCUUUUUUUUUGUAAGACCAUUAUAAUUAAUACUUUUCUUUGAAGAUGUUCAAGACCUUAUAAGUGUUUCUAGUUUUUCUCUGAGAAAACAUUUCUCUCUUCUUUGAAAGUACAAAUAGAAUUUCAUAAUAAAAAUGCCCUGGUGGGAAAUAUCAACACCAGGCUUGAAGGGCCCUGAGCAACCUGGCCUUUUGGAGGGUGUCUCUGCCCAUGGCACAAGGGUUGGAAGUAAACGAUCUGAUCCCUUCCAGCCCAAACUCAUCUAUCUAAUAGAAAUUUCUGUACAGUUAGCUAACCAAAGAUUGGGAAACAGUUACUCUCCUGUUUUGAAAUCCUUGAAAAGGCAAGUGAACAGCAGCAAUUUCCUAAAUCGGCUGUUCAUUAGAACCAUUUCCUAAUAGCAGUUCAAAAGUAGAGUGUAAAAGUAAUUGCUUUUGAAUCAUUCCUAAGGAAGUGCUUUUUAAAUGUGAAUCUCUUCCUACUGCAAAAACUUCAUGUUUCUAAACAGAAACCCUCAUCCUCUGCUCUUGAUUUCCCCACAGCCUGCUCCUGAAGAAUUCUUCCCAAACUUCAUACACUCCAUGAACCCACAUCUUGUCUUUUUCAAGCCAGGGUUUUGUUAGAUGCUGAGUGAGGAAAAAAGCCAAGUUUUAUCGGAAGGUGGUGGUUGUAACUUUGUGUGCAGUUUAACAUGGCUUGCCUUCACAGGCUUUGUGCUGGUUUUGAUGGGAAAGAAGUUAAAAUAAUAACCUAAGCAGAUUUUCCCUGAAAAAAGUUGUGCCAAGCAUUGAUGAAGUCCAUGUCACUGCCAUGAGAUGUCAUCAGUAAAAUGGCAGCCCUGCAACAUGCUGAAUGUGAGACAGUUUGGCAUAGACAUAAACAAUUUUUUCUCUCUCUUGCCUGAGGAAAUAACAGUUUUCUUGUCUAUUACAGACAUAAAAUACCUUAAAUUGCAGCAAGAAAAUAAUUCAAGGUAGAUGUUAGGCAAAUUUUCCAGUGGAGGUGAUAAUGUAGCAUUUAAGUAGAUUGCCUGGAGCACAAUAAAAAGGUAUCACUGGAUGCCUUUAAUAGAUGAAAUAUCUCUCAGGAAAGUUAUAGAUGUGCUGCUUGGGGGAUUGGAUUAAAUUAAGUCCCUUCUAAUUUUAUUUUUAGUUACGAUUUUUAAUUAGUUUGGGUCAUGACAGAGUUGGCUGAGAAAAUGUUAGUUGGGUUGGAAUGGCUAAAUAGUUCUGUUUACUUAGAUCAACUCUACCAUUUUUCUAAUUUAAAAAAUCUCCAGUGACUCAGGCUGACAAUUUCAGAAAGUAUUAUUAGCUUUUUAAAAUGAGUUGUAAACACAGAUGUCAUUUUGAAAAAGUUUAAUUCUAGUAAUUUUAAAAUAUUGCAAUUCCACAAUGUGCAACUUGUGUUGUAGAGCUAUUACUUUUCUGGCAGUACUAGGAUCCAAGACCUGUGUGUUAAAGUCAGAUAAACAGUUUACAACCAAAGUUUUGAGUGAUGAUUUUUCAGAGGUGGUAUUUCAUGGUGGUUUGCCCUUACAUUGUGCUGUAAGGAUACCAUUGCUUCUUCCCUAGCUUCUAGAUCAACUAAUUUAUAAAUUCAUUAGAUCUAGAUUGUUAUCUUAGACAAUAUCUGAUCCUGUGAAAUAUGUUCUUGAGGUCUGCACAUUCCCACCAAAAGCAAGGUAGUGUAGAUAUUGAUCGUGGAAUUGGACAGCUGUCCCUUCCCCAUAUUGUCCUUUCUGGUGUUCAGACCAACAGGUCAGCAGCUCUGGAGACAGUGUAGGGGGGG